UUCUACUUCGAUUGUGCUUCAAAAUGUGACUAACUUUAACAGACAAUGACAAAUUGAGACUGCUUAUUGACUCGUGGUUCAAGCCAUCUAAAAAUGUAUAAUGUAUUUAAUGUAUUGGUUUUUCAACAAUAUUGUUUUACCACUCGUUUUUAAUUUGCCUGGUCUCCGACCAGAGUUUGGAUAAAUUCAGAGAGUUUUGAAAAAAUCGAAGAUGAGUAGAAUAGAGACGAGUGAGGUCGGGGGAGUGGGCGUUAGAGCGACAGGGGAGGAUAUAGACAUUGCACUGGGCCUAAUGGAGCCGGCAGUCGCCAAUGCAGUGGCUUCAGGUGCAUUCGGACAGAUGAGACAGAAGAACAAAACUGCGAAAGCUGAAAGUGACAAGCAUAAUCGCCCGACAGCUUCGACCCCUAAGACAGAUGAGAGCGGUAACAAACGUAAAGAGCUUCCUCCUACUCAACCCAAAUCGACACAGCAAAAACCGAUUUUGGGGGACCAGAGAAAGAGUGAGUGGAUUCCGACGACGCCCGUAGCAGUAGUGAGACCCCACACGACAGGGGGAGAACCACGAGAGAAUGCCAACGCCCCACAGAGGGGAAGGGGCAGUCGGAUCGCCGACAUCACUCAAGAUACGGUCACAGAUUCUGUUGAUACAAACAACAACAACAACAACAACAACAACAACAAUGGCAAUGACAACAAUGGUAAUGACAACAAUGCCGGGCGUAAGAAGGUCACUUUGCGAGGUGCCCUGGAGCAGUUCUUGGCUGACGACGACUACUGGCGAAGUGGCGGCGGACCCCAGACAGACAUAGGACACAACUGGCUAGGAGUUGUCACUAUUCUCUGCUUUGCCAUCAUCAUACUAGACGGAAUCUGGACACUUGCCAUCUUCAUUCUGAAUUGUGACCUAUUGAAUGAUGGAGUGAUCCGUUUCCUGGAGGACAGUCUCGGGAUGCCCUAUCUACUAACUGCCACCAAUGGCAUGUCCAUCAUUGUCUGUUUAGUCACGUUCGGCUAUCUGCCCUGUGCUGCAGUGACCACGUGGUACAUGUUCAACAAAACAUUCAGAGUGUCUGUGAUUGUGGGCGUGGCUGUGACGUCAUUGAAUCUUAUCUUCUGUUUCAUCUGCUCGGGACAGCUGGACGAUAUUUUGCAUUCAGAAGCGAAUGAGAGGGUCCAAAAUGGCCUACAAGCCUCGUUUGAGAAGUUUUCCGUGGAAGGUGUGGGCGGCUCCGAUGAUGACCUCUUGUGGAAUUUCGUGCAACUCAAGUGGGACUGUUGCGGGGUGGACUCCUACUCGGACUGGAGAAGUUCCAACUGGCUCCGCAACACCAACACCCGCGUCAUCACUCUCACCUACAACACCACACGGCUUUGGCCCACAGCCUGCUGUAAAGAUGCGGACGAGCCUGCAGAUGUGGACUUCCUUGGUAGUUUUGGGGUCAGGGUGAACCCAUACAGUCUCAGUGCAUGCUAUGACCCCAUCUACAACUCAAACACUUAUGUUAACACCCAGGGCUGUGAGUCUUCUGUCCAGGGAUUCAUCAGAUACUGGGCGGGAACAAUGGUCGCAUUAUAUUUCCUUCAGUUCCUAUUCCUCCUAAUCUCGUUGAUAUUUGUGGUAUUGAUAAAACUCAAAGGAGAUAAAUUACAGUCCAAAGUGUUACCCAAUUUGGUCUUUAUGGAGAAAACAAGAACGCAAAGAGUCGAACCCAAGGACAGACCAGCGUCUCAUGAUCCGGAAACAGACCAGAGCUUCAUUGCCGGCAGUCGAAACACUACUCUUAUUUCGAACCAAUCACGAUCCGUCAUCGUUGAAAGCGGCCGGAACACCAGGGCAAAUAAAAACUCAAAUUGGAUGAACCAUUUAUAACAAAAAAAACCUACUGAAACUUUG